AUGGGGAAGAAGCGAAAGCACAGCGAGAGUACAGCUCCGGCACCGGAGAAGAAGAACGAUGAGACUGCUCCGGAGAGACCCAAGAGGACAUUAUUGGGAUGGAAAGAUAAAAGCGAAGAUGCUGAGGAAUCUAAACUUUCUUCGUCUUCCUCUGGAUUCAGGAAUAAAGAGAAGGUUUUGGUCACUUGUUCCCGUCGUAUCAGUUUCAGGUAUCGACAUCUGAUGUUGAAUAUGGUGUCACUUCUGCCACACUGUAAGAAAGACAGUAAAGUUGAAGCUAAGAGCAGUAAAGGUGCGACUUUGAAUGAGCUCAUUGAGCUUAAAGGGUCUUCUUCUUGUAUGUUUUUCGAGUGUAGGAAACAUAAAGAUCUUUACCUAUGGAUGGUUAAAUCUCCCAGUGGACCGUCGGUGAAGUUCUUGGUUAAUGCUGUGCACACGAUGGAAGAGCUGAAACUCACUGGAAAUCAUCUAAAAGGGUCACGCCCGCUUUUGACAUUCUCAUCCAAUUUUGACAAAGAUGCGCACUGGAAACUCUUGAAGGAGAUGCUUACUCAGAUAUUUGGAAUUCCUAAGGAACACAGGAAAUCAAAGCCUUACCAUGACCAUGUAUUCGUCUUCUCCAUUGUCGAUGAACAUAUAUGGUUCCGCAACUACCAGAUUUCGGUUCCUCACAAUGAGCCAGACAAGAUUGCACGAGGUGGCCUGGACAAAAUGACCCUUGUCGAGGUCGGUCCAAGGUUCUGUCUGAAUCCAAUCAAGAUAUUCGGAGGGAGCUUUGGAGGACCAACACUUUACGAGAACCCGUUCUACGUAUCUCCAAACCAGAUUCGAGCACUGGAGAAAAGAAAUAAAGCCGGGAAAUUUGCAAAGAAGAUCAAGGCAAAGACAAGGAGAAAGAUGCAUGAGCUCUCAAACCCAUUGGAGCCUGAUGAGUUUGCAGAUAUGUGGAAAGAUGAAUGA